AUGUCUCAGCAAUUCUCGUCCCCUCCCCCCACUAUCCCCGGCGUCUUGCUUUCAUCCCCACGACCUCACGUCCUUCUCGUCACCCUCAACCGUCCAGACCAACUCAACGCGUUUCGGCGCCAGAUGCACAUUGAUCUCGAUAAGCUGUGGAACUGGUAUGAUGCUGAGCCAUCGCUGCGAUGCGCCGUCAUCACUGGCAAGGGACGGGCGUUUUGCGCGGGUGCGGAUUUGAAGGAGUGGCAUGAUAAGAAUAGCGAGGGAAAGAGAAGCGAUGACCUGGAAGGGGAGAAGUGGGCUGAGAAUGGCUUCGGGGGGUUGAGUAACCGGCGUGGAAAGAAGCCAGUCAUCGCAGCUGUCAAUGGUCUUUGCUUGGGAGGCGGCAUGGAGAUGGUGCUCAACGUUGAUAUCAUCAUCGCCAGCGACAAGGCCAAGUUUGGACUUCCAGAAGUCACUCGUGGCGUCGUCGCCAUCGCCGGUGCCCUCCCAAGACUCAUCCGCAUCGUGGGACGUCAACGGGCAUCCGAGAUGGCGCUGCUGGGCCGCAUGUACACGGCUCAGCAGCUCGUCGAAUGGGGCAUCGUGAACAAGAUGGUGGCGCCCGACCAAGUUGUCGAAGAGGCGCUUCAGUGGGCGGUCGACAUGGCAAACAACUCACCCGACUCGGUCAUUGUCUCGCGCGAGGGAUUGCUGGGGGGAUGGGACGGCGAGGAUCCAAAGAUGAGCACUAGGAGGGUCGAUCAAGGGAUAUAUCGGGGGCUGGAUGGCGGGGAAAAUAUGAAGGAGGGCGUCUUGAGCUUUGUCGAGAAGCGCAAGCCAGUGUGGAAGAAUAGUAAGCUGUGA